CAUCUCAAGCCCCGAUUCUCUGUUCCGCCGGAAACCCUAGAAGAUCCGAAGUCCCCCGUUCACCUUGCUCUAGGCGAUGGCGAAGUCGAAGAACCACACAGCUCACAACCAGUCAUACAAAGCCCACAAGAAUGGCAUCAAAAAGCCUAAGAGGCACCGCCACACUUCUACCAAAGGGAUGGAUCCCAAGUUCCUGAGAAACCAGAGGUACGCGAGGAAACACAAUAACAAGAGUGCUGAAGCAGCCACUGAGGAAGAGUAAAUCGCCCACUUUCAGACGAAACUAUAGGAUUUCUGGGAUAGCUUGGAAUAUCUUUUUGAAUUAUUUGAUGGUAUUUUUUGUGUUUAAUUUAACUUGACUAGUAUGCUCUUGUUGAAUUCUUGCUGGUCUAUGUGAAAGAUCCUGAUACAAAAGGUUCUAGUUUUUUGAUUCUGUUAAUGAAUUCAUGAAGGAGCAAAAUGGUUAUCAUUCCACUCCUAGCAUGUUUUUGGGUUUAAAUGAGCAGAGACCUCGAAUUUUAUUGAAA